AUGGAAAAAUAUCAAGAAGAAGGAAGAAUUGGUCAAGGAGCGUAUGGAGUUGUCAUCAAAGCUCGAGCUAAACAGAGUGGACAAGUAGUUGCAGUUAAGAAAAUGAGUUUAUCAAGAGAUCGUCUUAUAAUAGUUCGCGAAAUCUGUUCAUUACGUAAUCUCUGUCAUCCCAAUAUUUUAAGAUUAAUUGAUUGUUUCUGUUCAACGGACACCAUUUCUAUUGUAACAGAAUUUGUUUCAUUUCAUUUAAAUGAUAUAUUCACUGAUCCACGAAGACCUAAAGAUGAACAGUUUGCUCGAUAUUUCUAUGCUCAAAUACUGACGGGUGUUGCUCAUAUUCAUAGUUUGAACGUUAUGCAUCGAGAUUUAAAACCAGAAAACAUACUUGUUACUUCACUACUUGUCGUUAAAAUAGCUGAUUUUGGCCAAGCUUGUUUAUACUUCCCUAAUGAACCACAUAGAGAAUAUGAAGAAAAUGUUGCCACUCGCUGGUAUCGGGCACCUGAACUUCUGUUUGGCUCUAGACACUAUGGACCAGCUGUUGAUGUUUGGGCAUUAGGAUGUAUUCUGACAGAAUUUUUCAACUCAACUCCAUUGAUACAGGGACGAACUGAUAUUGAGCAAAUCUCCAAAAUCUUUUCACUUCUUGGAACGCCAACAGAACAGACAUGGCCAUCAUGGUCAGCGUUACCUGAUUCAAGCAAAUUAGUUUUUGAAGAGCAACAACCACCGCAGACUUUGUCAUCUCUAGUCCGACAUGCUUCUGAAUGCUUCGUGCAAUUUCUUUCACGUCAUCUGCAGUUAGAUAGUACACGACGAUCCUCAAUUCAAAAUCUCUUAACAGAUGAAUAUAUGCAUGGACGUCAAGAUAAACCCUUGUAUCGAAUCAUCCGACGUCAACGGCCGCGUCGUUCAAUGCCUCUUCUGGCUCGCCGAUGA